AUGUGGACCCUGAGUAUGUACAUCUGUGAUGCCCUAAUGACUAUGGACGUGAUGCUCUGCACUGCCUCCAUUUUGAAUCUAUGUGCAAUUAGUGUGGACAGGUACAUUGCAGUAGUGGUCCCUCUGAAAUACAACAGGAACCAGUUUAGUGUUCGUCAGCUAGUCUUGAUCACAGCCACCUGGGUGCUUUCCCUAGGCGUAGCCAGUCCUGUCAUAUUCGGCUUAAACCAGGUGCCCAACAGGGACCCUCAUGUGUGUAAGCUGGAGGACAACCAGUUUGUGGUCUAUUCCUCCAUCUGCUCUUUCUUUGUCCCCUGCCCUGUCAUGCUCCUCCUGUACUACUGGAUGUUCAGGGGACUAAAGCGAUGGAGCUCUGGCCGUAGAAGGUCGCACCUCCACCACCCAUCCAGAGGCCGUAGAAGCCUGUCUUUGCGCCUAGGAGCAGCUCUACAGAAGGAGAAGGGACGGGCGAGGGAGAAGGUGGUGUACCUCAUGCCUGCAGGUCUCAGUCCGACAUCUCUCACCGCUACCUCGACUACACCAAUCUCUCCAGCCAGCCCGGUUACUCUUACCACAGAUGAGCAGGCAGAAGGUCAGACGCCGGCAGCAGAGAGUGACCCCAUUACCACCCAGAUGGACAGUGUUUCGGACGCAGAGAACCCUGAGCGUGCCACCGAGGAUGAGAGUGGACGGGAGAAUGGUGUAGGGAAGAACCAUCGCCCUCAUACGGGACGCCGCCACAGCAAGAGCAACAGGGUGAGCGGACGAGAGCGGAAGGCAAUGAAGGUGCUGCCCGUGGUUGUGGGUGUGUUUCUGGCCUGCUGGACUCCUUUCUUCGUGGUCCAUGUGACUAAGGCGCUGUGUGAGUCAUGUGACAUCGGGCCGACGCUGAUCAGUGUGGUCACAUGGCUUGGUUACGUGAACAGCGCCGUCAACCCCAUCAUCUACACUGCCUUCAAUGUGGAGUUCAGGAACGUCUUUCACAAACUGCUCUGCUGUCGCUCCUGAGGCCAAACGCUCUUUAGCACAAGCCUAAAUUCAAGAUGAAUCAUUAAAUAAUUCAAACAACAAUGAUUUAAAAAAAAAAAACACCUAAAUGAUCCGAGUACACAGUGGUCUCCAAGCAAAGGAAUGCUUUAAGAAAACUGAACAUUACAAAACAAUGAAUUACCGAAAAGACUGAAUGCGCAGUGGAAUGUACCAUUGAGGAAAACUUCUGAUGCCUUAGUUAACCGAACAUUUUCUUGUAAAAUUAUUGCUUGAACACUACAGUAGAUAACAGAAUACUGUUGAUUUCAUAGC